CACACAAGUAGUUAAGCUGAAGUUCCUCGUGUUCCCCGGUUUAUGUAGCAGCCUCUGACUGCUAACCUGCAGCCUGGCUCUGGAGAGCAGAGAGGAGGAAGCUGGAGCUUGUCUGGACGUCGCCGGCUCUGCAGAGGAGGCUCUGGGGGUUCAGAGGCAGCUACAGCGGCAGGCUCGGCCUGGAACUUCGAGUGCCUGUGGAAUGAACGAAGCUGAAGAGUUUCUAGUCGGAUCAUUUCCACUUCUCAGAGCCUAUUAACUGUACAAUCAGCUUGCAUUCCCAAUGGCCAAGCGUACGUUCUCCACGUUGGAAAUUAUGUUAAUCUUUCUCCUAGUGAUGAUGACGGCUGUCACUGUGGCCCUUCUGAGCCUCCUCUUCAUCACCAGCGGGACAACUGAAAGCAAAUCAGAACCGUCCCACACUUCUCCAGCACCCACCUCCAAGAUUCCUUCAACCACCAUCAGCACCAGCUCCCAGGAUCCUCCCGUGUUUCAGAACUUCAGUGGCUACCAUAUUGGUGUUGGACGAGCUGAUUGCACUGGACCCCUGGCAGAUAUUCCUUUGAUGGGGUAUGCAAAGUCUGGCCAGGUGGCCGGUGGCCUUCUCACCAGACUCUACAGUCGAGCUUUCCUCAUAGCAGAAGCCAAUACAACCAAACGAGUGGUGUUUGUCAGUGUCGACAUAGGCAUGAUGUCGCAGAGACUCAGACUGGAGGUCCUGAAAAGACUGCAGAGCAAAUACCCUGGCUUGUAUAGGCAGGAUAAUGUGAUCCUGAGCGGCACACACACCCAUUCGGGACCGGCGGGCUAUUUCCAGUACACUAUCUUCGUGCUGAGUAGCAAAGGCUUUAUCAAGCCAUCAUUCGAAGUCAUCGUGAAUGGCAUCGUGAAGAGCAUUGAGAUAGCACAUUCGAAUAUGAAACCAGGAAAAAUCUUUAUCAAUAAAGGAAAUGUGGAAGGUGUCCAGAUCAACCGCAGCCCUUAUUCUUACAUGCAGAAUCCUGAGUCUGAGAGACAAAGGUAUACCUCCAACACUGACAAGGAAAUGGUGGUCCUGAGGAUGGUGGAUUUAAAAGGAGAAGACCUGGGCGUUCUCAGCUGGUUUGCUGUGCACCCCGUCAGCAUGAACAACUCCAACCACCUAGUGAACAGCGACAAUGUGGGCUAUGCCUCUUAUCUGUUUGAGCAAGAGAAGAACGCGGGACAGCUGCCUGGACAGGGACCAUUUGUGGCUGCAUUUGCCUCAUCGAACCUUGGAGACGUGUCACCCAAUACUAAAGGUCCACACUGUAUCAACACAGGAGAAUCAUGUGAUAAUCCCAACAAUGCCUGCCCUGUUGGUGGGCCUGACAUGUGUAUGGCUGCAGGCCCUGGGAAGGAUAUGUUUCACAGCACACAGAUUAUAGGACAAUCCAUCUAUCAGAGAGCAAAGGACUUGUAUUCUUCGGCUUCCCAAGAGGUGACCGGGCCCCUGUCUUCAGCUCACCAGUGGGUGAACAUGUCAAAUAUCACCAUCCAACUUAAUUCUACGCAUACCGCAAGAACCUGCAAAGCAGCUCUGGGCUACAGCUUUGCUGCUGGGACUAUGGAUGGAGUUGGGGGACUCAAUUUCACCCAGGGAGCGACUGAAGGGGAUCCUUUUUGGGACACCAUUCGGGACCAGCUUCUGGGAGAACCGUCCAGUGAAACCAAAGAAUGUCACAAGCCCAAGCCCAUCCUGUUGAGCACAGGCGAGAUGACGAAGCCUCACCCGUGGCACCCUGAAAUUGUUGACGUCCAGCUGGUGACAAUUGGGUCCUUGGCCAUAGUGGCAAUUCCAGGAGAGCUGACGACGAUGUCUGGAAGACGACUCCGGGAGGCUGUUCAAUCAGAAUUUGAAUCUGAAGGUCAGCAGAAUAUGAAUGUUGUUAUUUCUGGCCUUUGUAAUGUUUACACUCAUUACAUUACCACCUAUGAAGAAUACCAGGUUCAGCGCUACGAAUCUGCUUCCACCAUUUAUGGACCACAUACUUUGUCUGCUUAUAUUCAGUUGUUUCGGGGCCUUGCUAAGGCCAUUGCAAUGAACACUGUUCCUGACUUGCCCAAAGGGCCAGACCCACCAUUUUUCACUGGUUUGAUGAACUUACUACCUGCCAGCCCUGCUGACAAAACACCGAAUAACAUGACAUUUGGAGAUGUGCUGCGGCAAGUGGAUCCACAAUACAGAAGGGGUGAUGUUGCUGAAGUGAGCUUUGUAGGAGCAAACCCCAGGAAUUCAGUGGAGAACACGACUCAUCAAACCUUUCUCACAGUAGAGAAAUAUCAGAAAGCUCCUGCAUUAUGGCAGGCGGUGCAUAAUGAUGCCUCCUGGGAAACGAGAUUUUACUGGCACAAAGGAAGCAGAGGACUAAGCAAUGUGACAAUAGAAUGGCACAUCCCAGAAACGACCCAGACUGGGACCUACAGGAUACGAUACUUUGGGCACAACAAGAAGAAGGAGCUUUUGAAGCCGGCAGUGAUUGAAUCAUUUGAGGGUUCUUCUUCAAACUUUGAAGUUGUCGUUCCUUAGUUAUAAACUAACAGGCAACCAAAAAAAAAACCACAAUUCUCCUUCCUCUGGAUAACUUCUAGAAUAUUGUUCCAUGGUCAACAUCAGCUGUUAGAGAUAGCACUUUAGGAGAUGGCUGACAUUGCCUCUCGUUUUGUCUGAGUUUCUCAUCUACUUCUUCUGGUUAAAGGAUUAUUUUUUGGUGGUGGCAUAUAAUGGAUUUAUGAGUCUUCUGGGCUUUGCAAACUUGAUAAAUUUAGCUCUGCAAUAUUGGAUGAGGCCAAAAUAGAUUGAAGUGAUGAUUUAUUACAACUCAGAGCACCUUUGCCCCACAUCAUCCUUAGACUUAAACUUACACACGCUUCAAAAUUUGAUGGAGUUGAUUUCAUGUUUAAUAAUAAACUUGGAAUGACAGAGAAAGGUUUUUACUCAUGGAGAGCCAGUGGAAAUAGGGCCAAAGGGGAAAUGCCUCUCAGCUGGAAAUUCCAUUAAAGAUGCGCUGAAUUCGUAGAUCUAAGAGAAAUUCCCAAAUUGCGAGCAACGGAAAAGCUGGUUCCCUUGCUACAAAUGAGGCAGUUUUCCACAAAAAUCCAAAAUACAUCUCAUCACCUAUUUUUGCUAUGAACACUCCCACCUCCCUCAAUCAACCAAUUAAUGGUAUUUGUUGAGCCCUUUCUAAGUGCAGGGUACUAUGUUCAAUGCUUGAAAAAGAAUUUAGCAGAGGAUGGCUCUCCAUCCUCCCACCUCCCAAGGAACUUCUUACUAGGUAGCAAUAUACCAAUUUUAUUUACUUCUUGCCUUGAAUGAAAUGUCAAUUAGUCUGGCCUAGUGACUACUGGACAUCUUGCUUUAUAAACCAAUUCUUGAACAAUAAAAACAAAGAAUGAGUUUCACUUGAUUAGAUUGUGAGCCCUCUGUGGGACAGGAACUAGAUUUGAAUUAAUCAAUUUGAAUUUACUGCAGUAUUUAGAACAACGCUUGACACAUAGUUAUGGUAUUUAUAUAGUGCUUACUAACUAAAAGCCCAAAUAUAGUACCCUGAUGAAAUAAUAUUGGCCAUAAAGACUUUGUUUCCAAGAUUCUGAAAUGUGUUAUUCAGAAGAUCUGAUACACUGUCACAAGGUCAAAACUGCAUUUACAAUGGAGUCUGAGUUACCGUGAAACUGAUGUCUGGAAAACCAAACUUAAGGUUCAAUCAUAAAAUGCCUAAAAAAAA